AGGCAAGUGACCACGAAGCUUGCCGGCAAGGACUCAGUCUGCUUUGCCUGCAAUGCUCUUGUCAAAAGAGGAGCGGCUAUCUGGCCGGUCACUGCGGCUCAGUUGCGACUUUCUCCGUCUUCUGAGAGUUCGACCCUAUUGAAGCAAAAGCACUCUGGUACUCUUGUAGACCACGGCCAGAAAGAGGAUGAGCAGGAGCAGUUUAUUUGCAGAGUUCCUUCACCUUCAGUAUCACUGCACGACGACAAGCUUUUUUGGCUGCAUUUGGCCUGUGCAGAGAGUCACCUGGUUGAACGAUGUGGCGUUUUUCGAAGUCGGAUAGAGAUGCGACCGCCCUCGUGUCCUCAUUUCGCAAAGCGCGGACGCUGCUUACACGGAGAAGCUUGCUUUCUGUCACAUGAGGAUAGAUGCAAUUCUAUUAGCCCGGGCAUCGAGACCAUAUCAAAAGCGGUAGGGAUGGAAAACUGCAAACGUAACGAGUCAUUCGGGGUCAGCACUGGACUGACCUUGAACCCAGAACUACAGGGAAAACGCAGUAUCUUAAGCGGUUUUCUGACUCACGAAUUCUUUAAAGACAAAGCGAAGCCACACCAGCCACAGUCGGGACAGGAGCACCAGUCGCAGGAAUAUGGGAGUGCAGGGAUGCGUCCUGCCAAUUUAGUCGCUGGCGGUGCUGCCCCAGGUUCACUCAUUGCAGCAAGAAUGGAGUCAUUUCAAAGCAGUAAUUCCACUUUCGUGUGCGAGCCUGUAAUGGCGAACCAAGAUGAACCACCACGACAGGCGAUGAUGUUCGGAAAGUCCGGUCGUGUGGGUGUGUUUCGUCGUUGGCUUCUAGAUCACGUUAUUCCGCAUGUGGAGACGAAGCGGCGACGGCGAGCGAACCACGACAGAUCUAUAACACAAAAAAGGGAAAGCAGCCCUGCUGCACUACCGAGUGGAAACGCGGACACGAGAACUUCACCCAGGAGUCAUGAUCCUCUGGCAGCACAGCUCCGCAGGCGAAACUUUUCACUUCUGGACGUCGCUGGAGGCAAGGGCGAGCUUAGUUUUGAGUUGUCGCAGCUAAAUGGGAUCGACUGCGUUCUUGCCGAUCCGAGGGCAAGUGAUGUAGCAAAAUACAGUGAAAAGCUCGCGCGAGGUGGCUACCACUGCAAUCCAAGUUUGCUGGACUAUGUUUCCGUGCCCAUAAUGGACGCACUGAACACGCACACCACGAUGACUGAGAAAGAUGAUGUGACGCGUCAUAUUGAUGGCGCUGACGCCCAAUCACCACGACCUACCUCGAGUUCUACACACUCAAAUGAAAGAUCACCAAAUCUCCACCUGCACCUCAGAGCCGAAAACUUAACCAGAAUCAACAAUACCAUGACGAUGGCGCUCUCAAAUAGAAACGACAACGAUAUCUCGACCAGCACAAAAAGGGAUGAGAUUUUUCUUCCGGGCAGGCUGCAACAUGCGAAACUGUACUUCGAUCACCCUCUCUUGCAGAAGUUCUUAUUUGAGCCGGAUCGCAGUUCUCGUAGAAAGUUUCUGGUCAGCGCAAAACGGCGGGUGGAAGAGGAUGUCCUGAUAGGCGAAUCGACAAAGGUACAGCAGUACAAGAAGCUGCGCGGAGGGCGUCUUGUGAAGGUAGUCAACAAGGACGACGCCGUGGUUCCGGCUGAUGAAGAUCAGCAUCAACGUGGAGUAGCUGGACGGCAUAGAAAUGAUGAACAUGACAGUACUCCUACGCGAGUUCCUGGAAGCGCGCCUGUUAAACACCAUGGUGCACAGAGUAACAGCGGUGUCUUGCGCUUGGUUUUAAGCAGUCCUCAUAUCGAUCAGCACAUGACUCAGCGGGGCUCGUUGAGAAAAGACGAAGGCGUGGCCGAGGAUGCAGCGUCGACAGCCUCCACUGCUACGUCAGCGCGAUCACGAUCUAGAUCAAGAGGAGAGCACAUCGCACCAGCAGCCCUGUCGCGAUCAGCCUCUCGCUCAUCAUCUUCCUCCUCGCCUCGACACCAUAAAAUCGAUGUUGAGAGCAGUGCACCAGCUGCAGCUGCAAAUCCACAUCUUUCUAAACAUAUAAAGUAUACCGAGGAAUAUGUUGAAGGAGCUCAAGUAGAACAGUACCAAACGCGCGACGAAUCUGAUUUGCUACUCGAAGCCUUUCAAAAUUUCGAUUUGGUCAUCGGGAUGCAUGUUGAUGGUGCGGCGGAAGCGAUGAUAGACUAUGCUCUUGCAGCAAACAAGGCCUUCGCGCUCGUUCCCUGUUGUACCUGCUCAAAGCUCUUCCCCAAUAGGCGGCAUCCCCGCACUGGGAAAUUGAUCAAAAGCUAUGUCGAUUUAAUUGAGUACCUUCUUGCGAAGAAUGACGAAAUUCGCGUUUCAUGCAUCGACUUUGAAGGGAAGAAUCUUGUCUUGUGGAAGCUCUGACUAAAAAGUGUACAACACAACACGGUCUUCAGGAAGAGACCACCUCCAAG